UCACCCGAGGACCAGGGAGACAUCCCGGAAGGAAGCCCGCCAGCCCAGGAAUGGCCGUCACCCGAGGACCAGGGAGACAUCCCGGAAGGAAGCGCACCAGCCCAUAGCCAGCAGUCAUCAGCCGAGGACCAGCCGAAUACUCUCUUGGAGAAAGAGGAACCUGCAGCCCCAGAAAGCCUCAGACAGGACCUUGUGGGAAGAAGCGGGUCUCACCCAGUGGACACAUGGAUGUCUGCUUCCCGUGAAGGAUCUGAGGACAGGAGCAGGCAUGCUGAAAUGUGUAGCCUGCCUGAGGCACAGUUGGAGUGGACGAGCUCGAGCAGUGCCCGCAAUUCGAACCAUCGGGCUGAUACCAUCAUGCCCGAGCCCCAUGCCACAGGCCAGCUGGCAGGGGAGGGUCUCCUGAUACCCUGCCCUGGAUAUGGGGGUGAGCAGAGCACGCAGUCAGGAAGCCCCCCCAGGACAGCGCGACUCCCGUUCUCGAUGCCUGCGCUGGAUGAGGCGUGGGUGGCCGUGGAGAAUGACCGCGAGGAGCUACAAACUUGCUUAAUUAAGGAGCAGCUGUCCAAAUUGAGCCUCGUGGAACCACUGGGUGUCUCUUACACCAAGCUGGCCCCAGGAGAGCGCCCCCAGUUCUCUGCCCCUGUGUCCUUGUGCGACCCAGGAAGCAGGGGCCUGUGCAGCCGAGUAGGCAGCUCCUCGGCCUACUAUGCUCUGGCCACAGACCUCCCUGGUGUGCUGGAUGCAGUGCAGGCCCAGGAGGCUGAUGGGAAUUCAUUUUCCUGGAACCUCAAGGAGCUCUUUUACAGUGAAUGGACAGAUCAAACUUCCUCCAACUGUUCCUGCACCGUGUCUGAGCUUGUGGGGACGCCGUCUCCUUCGCCGGCAGGCUCUGAUGUAGACAUGAGUGGUCUGCACCGGCGGAGAUCAGAUGUUCUGGAUGACCGAGAACUGUUGCUCCUGACUGGCACUUACUUCGAUCUUGGGGAGGCUCGGCAGUUUCGCGAGAGCCGUCUGGGGCCCAAUCAAGUAGAGCCCUCCAAGACGUGUCUGGUGUCCUCAGAAUACUAUGAAGUGAGUGGCAGAGAGAGCCCAGCCUGUGUCCUUCCCACGCUGGGGGCUGGCCCUGCAGAUGUGUGCCCGUCAGAGGAGCCCAGGCUGAGUUUCCAGGUCACCUCCACACCUGUGAGAGGGGACAGCCCGGCAACAUCUGGGGGCACCUGCGUGCAGCAGGAGAUCCAGGAGGGGACCUACACCGGCAGCUGCUACCACCGGGAUGGAGCCCAGCUGAGUGUGCAGUUUGAGGUGAAGCGGGUGGAGCUGCAAGGCUCCGCGACCCUGUUCUGCUGCUGGCUCGUGAAGGACCUGCUGCACAGUGGCCGGGACUCGGCCACGCGCACCCGUCUGCUCCUGGCCAGCCUGCCCAGCUCCAGCCACUCCGUGUGCGAGCUUUCCGGACCCAGCAUGGGGGAGAUGCUCAGAAGCAAGCCCUGGUGCGAGGAGCCCCCCAAGGCUGUGGAGCUGGAGGUGCCGGCAGCCUGGGAGGGUGCGUACUCCCACAAGUACAGCACGCUCAGCCCCCUGGGCAGUGGGGCCUUUGGCUUCGUCUGGACUGCGGUGGACAAGGAGGCCAACAAGGAGGUGGUGGUGAAGUUUAUUAAGAAGGAGAAGGUUUUGGAAGAUUGUUGGAUCGAGGAUCCCAAACUUGGAAAAGUUACUUUAGAGAUUGCAAUUCUGUCCAGGGUGGACCACGCCAAUAUCAUCAAGGUGUUGGACGUGUUUGAAAACCAAGGGUUCUUUCAGCUUGUGAUGGAGAAGCACGGCUCUGGCCUGGACCUCUUUGCAUUCAUUGACCGCCAUCCCAGCCUUGACGAGCCCCUGGCAAGUUACAUCUUCCGACAACUGGUAGUGGCGGUGGGGUACUUGCGCUCGAAGAGCAUCAUUCACCGGGACAUCAAGGACGAGAACAUCGUGAUCGCGGAGGACUUCACCAUCAAGCUGAUCGACUUCGGCUCCGCCGCCUACUUGGAGAAGGGCAGGCUGUUUCAUACGUUCUGUGGGACGAUCGAGUACUGCGCACCCGAAGUCCUCAUGGGAAACCCGUACAGGGGGCCAGAGCUGGAGAUGUGGUCGCUGGGGGUCACACUGUACACGCUGAUCUUUGAGGAGAACCCCUUCUGCGAGCUGGAGGAGACCAUGGAGGCCGUGAUCCACCCCCCGUACCUGGUGUCAGAAGAUCUCAUGAACCUCAUGUCUGGGCUGCUGCAGCCUGUCCCCGAGCAGCGCACCACCCUGGAGAAGCUGGUGACAGACCCCUGGGUGACACAGCCCGUGAAUCUUGCUAACUACACCUGGGAUGAGGUGUGUCGCAUGAACAAGCCAGAAAGCGGAGCUCUGUCCGGUGUGAGCCUGGAGGCUGAGAGCAGGUGCGCCAGGGAAGUGGCGUGAGCUCUGGAGCCCUGCGGGGCCUCGUGCCCCAGCGGAGGCCCCUGAUGAGCCAACUCCAGCUCCCUGCUGCUCUCUCGGGAGCAGGUUGUUUUCAGGCCCCAUCCAGUCAGAGAAACUAAAUUCUCAAUCAUUAGGCCCAAUUCACCUUCUAAAAAUUCCUAUGCAAGUUUGAGAAAUGCUAGAACAAAAACCAGGGUGCUACAAGAUUCUAGGGUUAUAAAUAGACUUGGAAUUCGUUGUUCACAUGACCUUGAAUAAGCAUGCUAGCGUUUGGUUGAAUUUUGUGCUAUGAAAGGGCUUUAAUCUUUCUGAUGUUGUAUAUAUGCAUGUAUUUGUUUCCUCUGACUUGACAUGUGCUCACCUGAUGUGUGGAGUUGGUAGAACUGGUUAGCCAGAGACCAGACUAUUUCAUUAACUUAUUUUUUGAACAUUUCCAAAUUAAAGCAAUUUUGUAGUGAGCCAUGA